AUGGCGGCGGUGCAAGAUGUCAGUGCUCUUCUUGUCCAAGCUUGCCGACUGGUGCCUCCUAAUCAGAAUCAUCUUGUCAGCAAAGUGUCUAAGCUGAUCCAUCAUUUACUUAACAGAUUACAGGUAAUUGUUGAUGAACAGAACUUGGAUUUCUUGUUGGCGUAUACUAUUUCAGCUAUUCGGCAGUGUAGUUCCUGGACACACAUGGAAAUUCUUCAAGCCCUGGCAGCUCUGGUUUACUACAAUGGCUCAAAAUGUCAAAAGUAUCUCCCAGACUUAUUAGGCAAAACUGGCCUCUUGAUGAAGAUGAGUGACCUGGCUCAGUCUGACCCUGAAGUCAGGAGAGCUGCCGUGCAUUGUAUGGCAAACUUAUGUCUCAGUGUGCCAGGACAGCCGUACUUGGAGGAGCCCUACCAAAAUAUUUGCUUCAAAGCUUUCUUGACCAUUUUACAGUCUUCAAAAUCAUCUGAUAUGGAUGAUAUAAUAUUUUGUAUGUUGUUACAGAAUGCACUAAAGGGCAUACAAUCACUUCUCAAUGGUGGGAAGAUGAAACUGACACAGACCGAUGAACUUGGAGCUCUUCUAGCUGUGCUAAAGAAAACCAUGUUUCAUGGACUCCCUGGACUAAACAUAGAGAUGCCCACGGUACUCUACCCAACUCCACUUCCUCAGUAUGAUGGGCGACCACCUGUCAAACCACAGCAGUCAGAAUCCAGUGCUUCUCGACCAGCUGUGAAUAAAAAGAAAAAAUCCAAGGUAAAACCAAAGAAAAUCCAGCAAGGAGAGGAGGAGGAAGAAGAAUCAGGUGGUGAAGCAGAAGCAGCUGCAGGCUCUGGCACAGGCAGCGUGAAGAUGUGUGAAGGAAACACCUGGUGUCCCUCCUCUGUGGGAGUUCAGAGUUUGCCUGGAAAUGAGAGUAGAGCUUCUGGAAUAGCACAAGUCUCCUCCCACUUCAGGUCUUCCAGGUGGAAAAGAGUCAGCAGUAGUGAAUCAGACUAUUCUGAUGCAGAAGGAACCAUGCAGGGUAAAGUGAGGUCCUACCAAGCCAAAGUUCGCCAAGGAGCAUUAGCUUGUUUUCUUUCUACAAUAAAGUCAAUAGAAAAAAAAAUUCUUUAUGGAUACUGGUCAGCCUUUGUUCCUGACACACCAGAGCUUGGAAGCCCACAGUCUCUGUCCUUAAUUACGCUUACCUUAAAAGAUCCUUCUCCCAAGACACGUGCCUGUGCUCUGCAAGUUUUAUCUGCCAUAUUAGAAGGCUCAAAGCAGUUUCUUUCUGUUGCUGAAGAUACCACAGACCACAAAAGGGCUUUUAUUCCCUUCUCCGUAAUGAUUGCUUCCAGCAUUAGAGAGUUGCACAGAUGUCUUCUGUUAGCUUUGAUGGCAGAGUCAUCUUCACAGACCCUUACCCAGAUAAUUAAGUGCCUUGCAAACUUAGUAUCAAAUGCACCUUACAACCGUCUGAAACUCAGCCUGCUGACCAAAGUCUGGAAUCAGAUAAAGCCUUACAUCCGCCACAAAGACGUUAAUGUUCGCGUGUCAAGUCUUACACUCUUGGGAGCUAUCGUGUCCACUCAUGCACCUUUAUCUGAAGUCCAGCUGCUUCUCCAGCAGCCCUGUUCUUCUGGACUCAGCAAUAGCAAUCCCGCGACUCCUCACCUCAGCACUCCUGACUGGUGGAAGAGAGCCCCAGUGGGACCCUCUCCAGAAGAAGCAGCAGUGAGCUCUCCUACAGGGUCCUCAGAGCCCUGCUGGCUCAUCCGACUCUGCAUUUCCACUCUUGUGCUGCCCAAGGAGGAUUCCUGCUCAGGUAGCGACACUGGCCCUGUGGCAGGAAGCACAUACGAACCGUCCCCCAUGCGACUGGAGGCCUUACAGGUAUUGGCUCACCUGGCCAGGGGCUACUUUUCAGUGGCUCAGGUCUACUUGAUGGAGCUCGGUGAGGUGAUUUGCAAGUGCAUGGGUGAAGCAGAUCCAUCCAUUCAGCUUCAUGGAGCAAAGCUUCUAGAAGAACUAGGUACAGGCUUGAUACAGCAGUAUAAACCAGAUUCUGCUGUAGCACCCGAGCAGAGAAUACCAGUCUUCUUGGUGGUGACGUUCUGGACCAUGUUGCUGAAUGGUCCUCUGCCCCGAGCCUUGCAGAGUUCAGAACACCCAACACUGCAGGCGAGCGCCUGUGAUGCCCUGUCUGCCAUCUUGCCAGAAGCCUUCAGCAGUCUUCCGAAUGACAGGCAGAUUUUGUGCAUCACAAUGCUGCUUGGGCUGAAUGACAGCAAGAACCGUUUAGUGAAAGCUGCAACCACACGGGCCCUUGGAGUCUAUGUGCUUUUUCCUUGUCUCAGACAGGAUGUCAUAUUUGUUGCAGACACAGCAAAUGCAAUAUUGAUGUCACUUCAAGACAAGUCUCUGAAUGUCCGUGCCAAAGCAGCCUGGUCCCUGGGCAACCUGACAGACACUCUGAUCAUCAACAUGGAAACACCAGACCCAAGUUUCCAAGAAGAGUUCUCUGGUCUCCUGCUCUUGAAAAUGUUUCGAUCAGCAAUAGAAGCCUCCAAGGACAAAGACAAGGUAAAAAGCAAUGCAGUCCGGGCCCUUGGAAAUUUGCUUCAUUUUCUACAGCCAUCUCAUAUAGAAAAACCUAGAUUUGCUGAAAUUAUUGAAGAGUCUAUCCAGGCCCUAAUUUCUACUGUUCUGAUCGAGGCUGCCAUGAAAGUUCGAUGGAAUGCUUGUUACGCGAUGGGAAAUGUAUUUAAAAAUCCUGCCCUUCCACUCGGCACAGCGCCAUGGACCUCCCAGGCCUACAACGCCCUAACACUGGUUGUGACAUCAUGCAAGAACUUCAAAGUGCGCAUUAGAUCGGCCACGGCCCUUUCCAUCCCAGGCAGGAGAGAGCAGUAUGGGUCUGUAAAGCAGUACACUUGGAUCUGGAACUCGCUGGUCAUGGCCUUACAGAAGAGUGAAGACACCACAGACUUUCUGGAAUUCAAGUACUGUUCCAGCCUCCGGACCCAGAUCUGCCAGGCAUUGAUUCAUCUUUUGAGCUUGGCAAGUGCCUCAGAUUUGCCCUGCAUCAAAGAAACCCUUGAACUGAAUGGGGGGAUGAUCCGGUCCUAUAUCCUACAGUUCUUAAAAUCAGGAGCAAAGAGAGAAGACUCUGGGGCUUCCCAUAACGCACAGGAAAGAGACCAAAUGGUUAAAGUGGCCCUAGAGCACAUAAGCAGUAUUCAGGCACUGGCUGGGGACACAGCCAAAAGGGCUGUUGUGGGCUUUUUAGAAGAUACCCUGACCAUUUAUUUUGAUUCUUCUGGAUCAGAAGCAGCACUCCUAGGAUCAGCAAACCCGUGACCAUUCCUGUAUACUUUCCAGGUGUCAAAUCUGGCAGUAGGAAGUCCCAAGCACUAGUACAGGAGACGUGGGGUUUAAUUUUAGAGACUGGAACAGUCUGCCCACCAUUUAUUCAGAAUGGGUCAGCAGCUAUUUAAACUUUGCUCAAAGGGCUCAGCCCCUUGGGAGAAUGGUUUUCCUACCAUGGCCACAGUCAGAGAUGGUAGAACCUCUGACCUGGGCAACCGGGAGCCCAGGAAUCGGGAUGCAGUGUGAGACCUCCGUACCAGUAGGUUCUGCAGGAUGUUUAGUGUCAGAAAAUAAAUGAAUAGAGCUGGGAAUGUUGCUCAGUGACACGGCACCUGCCUGGCAAGUGCAAGGUCCUGAUUUCAAUCCCCGGAUCCACCAAAAAAAAUAAAAAUAAAAAAUAGAAGGAUAUAAGAAUUACAUUGUCUAACUGGGGUGUAAUUUAGGUGUCAUUGUAAUGGUAAUAACUAACAUUCAUUGGCUGCUUUUUAUGUGCCAGGUAUCCCUUCUUCCUCUAAAUACCCUUUCCCCAUUUUCAUUCUUGUUGAUAUUACUAAUCUUAGCUCUGUAUCUGAUAUUCUUGAUGAUAGCCAUUCUCACCAGGGUGAAAUAGAAUCUUAGCAUAGUUUUGAUUUGCAUUUUCCUAAUGGCUAAAGAUGUUGCAUAUGUUUUCAUAUGCUUGUCGGCCAUGGAUACUUUUGAGAAGUAUCUUCAAUUCAUUUGCCCGUUGUUGAUCUGAGCUAUUUGGUUUUGGGGGGCAUUAAGCUUUUUGAGUUCUUUAUAUUUAGAUAUGAGAACAGUAGCUGGCCAAGAUUUUCUCCCACUCUGUAAGCUGUUUCUUCAGUCUAUUGAUUGUUUUCCUUUCCUGUGUAAAAGCUUUUUAACUUAAUGUAGUACCAUUUGUUUAUUCUUGCUAUUAUUUCCUGUGCUGUUAAAGUCCUAUUCAGGAAGUCUUUGCCUGUGCCUAUGACUUCAAAUGUUUCCUGGUUUUUUUCUAGCUGUUUCAUAGUUUUAAGUCUCAUUCCUAAGUUUUUAAAAUUGAUUUUUCUACAAAGUGAUAGAUAGAGACCUAGCUUCAAUUUCCAGCAGUAAUAGGUACCCAGUUUUGUUAAAAGGGGCUGUCUUUUCUCCCAGCAUAUACUUUUGGUGCUUUUGUCAAGAAUAAGAUGGCUGUAGUGAUGAGUUUGUUCUAUGUCUUCUGUUCCAUUGGUCUGCAUGUCUGUUUUUGUGCCAGUACCACGUUGUUUUUGUUACUAUGGCUUUGUUACUAUAUUUUGAAAUUAGGUCUUGUGAUGCCUGCAACAUUGCUCUACAAACAUGUACGUGUAUGAACUCCACACAAGGAAUGUAAACAUUAUGUAUUGCAAAUGUGUACCCAAAAGGAAAGGGACCGAGAGAUGGAUAGAGGCGGGGAAGGAUGGAAGGGAAAAGGGAUGGAAAAAGGAACUAAGAUGUAUUAUGUACACGUACCAACU